AGCCUCAUUGAAACAAAAUGAUAAAAAUCAUACUGAGCUCCAUUCAUAGUAGUAAAAUAGAGAAAAGUGGAAACUUCACAGGUCGCUCAACACGACAUAAACGAAAAUGUUGCAGGCUCGGUUUGAUUGAGCCUGUUCAUGGACGGUAGUGGAAAUGCAUGCUACCGUCCACGCCGCGGUCGUCAUGCGGCUAUUUGAUGUAAUAAACCUACAGUUUUCCCCUUAAUCAUUGUCUGGUAAUCACUUUUACUUUCAUUGCCAUUAUUUGUACAAUUUCCUGAAAGGGAAAAUAAUUCUUUCAGUCUUAUUCGUCUGGAAAAUCAAAAAUUAAAAGAAAAUGUUGUCUGAAAUGCAGGUUGAUUCCACUUAACGCCUCUUCGCAGGAGGCUCUAUUCAGUUAGUGCGCGACUUUAAUUGUUUAAUAUUGUCGCCUUGCUCCUCUGUACUUGCCUUUGUAUCUUUUUUGUUGUCGCCAUUUCUUGCGGCUUGUAUUUAAGAAAAACAAAUCUAAAUAUAAUACGUCAAAAGUUUUAUAGAAUGUAACUCUGUCCUUAACUUUCACAUGAAGAGAUAAAUCGGUCAGUUUGCGACGUAUUGUACAAAGAAACGGGGUUUAGCGACGUGUACAAGCAGUAAACGUAUAAGUCUCUCAAAUCUUGACAAGUAGUUAAUCCUAAAGCAUAAGAAGGUGUACGAAAAGCUUCAAUUGUCAUACAUCACGGUCUUGGUUUCUGGCACAACAAAUGUAUGUUACACUGCAUUGUGAUCUUAAAUUGCUCAUCAUAUCCCUGAUAUAGGCUCUGGAAAGAUCAUGUAGAGCUUUUUAGGUGAGUGUAAGAAGCCUGUACUGUACAAAGUAGUUCAAGGAUAACCGAUGGAGUUCUAUCAUUGCGGAUGUAAUAUGACUGCGACAGGACGUCCCUGCCUUGCUCUGGACUUGUUGCAGUUUGUUUUUAAUGCGGUGUCUGGAGUACAACUUAGCAAGGCAUUACAUCAGUAUAAUCGUGAGGUUACCAUGCAACUGAAAGGACCAUCGUGACAUGACUCGUUAGAUACCGUCUGGUGUGACAUGUUCUGCGUAUUUAUGCAUAUCCAGCCUGGCAUAGAGUUGAUUUGUUGUCCCAUAUCAUUAUUGGAGUGUAAGAUUUCCUAUCACAGUUUGUUGGUUUUAUUACAAAGUCAUCGACCUUCAUCGAAACGACAGGAAUAUUCUUCGAGUUAUGUUUUGAUGUAAACAAAACUACAUGUUUUAUCCCUAUUAAGCUUCAGCAUGUUGCAGAGCUUACGUGGGACGAUAUCAACGGGACAACUCUUUAUGUGGUGCAAAGCACAGGUUUUACAAUCUUAAAAGACAGUUGUCAGUAUCGAGGAGAUGAAAUAUUUCAUGACGUCUGCAUAUGACAACAUGGGCCUAGCAUACAUUACAUAACUCUUGGGUACUGAUCUAUAGGAUACUAUAUUUCGUCAAUACAAGCGUUUAAACCUACAAUUGUUCAAUAGCGAUUGCUUUUAGGUAUAACAUGUAUUUAGUCGGUGACUCCAAAAUGUAGUUAAAGGCGACGUAACAGUAUUUGGUGGUCAAUGGUAUCCGAAGUAGUAGACAGAUCAAAUAUCACGUGUAUUGUGACAGAUGCUUGGUCAAGAGACUGGAGGAUGUCGUUCUGUAUCUUUAUCAACACCGACUUAAUUGAAUGAAAUGUGUACGUACAGCAGUACCUCAAGGAAGUUGCUUUCAUUUGGAUAUCAAUCUAGACGCGUACCCACUAGCUUCUCCAAGUUUUGCAAAAGAUGUAUGUAUUUAUUCUAAAAUACUGCUUGGAUACGGCUACAGGAUAUCACUCUGGAUGUUGGAUCUUUUAAAAAGAAAGGAAUAAUACAACGUGCAACAAAAGACAGGGAAAUCCAGGAGGUCAUUUUUGCGCCUUUUCCGUUACACUAAUCAGCAGGUGCAGUCGCACAAGUACUUGUUUUUUAUGAAAGGUUACUGUGUGUCGAAAAAAGUCGUAUGUAACAGCAUGAAACUGGUAUAAUGUGUUGACCAAUCUGACAUGUAAGCUUCGGACAUACUGCAGCGAUGUGUUUGUUUCCAUCAAACAAGACCUUCAAGCAUAAAGAAGUGAAUGAACUGGAUACCAGAAGCUAAUAUAACACACCGAGGGCUCAACGCGAAACUAGUCUAUCUGCUUCUAUUUCUAUAUACACUUAGACUAGUUUCGUAUUGAGCCCUCGACAUACUAAACAGGUAAAGCCACAUGAAACUCUAAACCAACACAUUGUUUUUGUCUGGAUAAACAUUUUAUUUAUACAAUGGUUUCUCGCAGCGUGAGGCUUCCAAAUUUAUAAAGUUUUUGCUCAGCGCAAGAUUGAUUUUACAGCAGUUUCGAGUAGCGCGAUGCUUCUAAAUUAUACAACCGGUUCGAACAGAGCGGGACCUUAAUUUUACAAUAGUUUCGCUCUGAAGGGACAAUACACCUUUUUAGAGAAUAAACUUAAUUGAUAAAAAAAAAGUCCAGUGUCAUUUAUCUUUAAUGCAUGCUUAAAGUUAUUAGUUUACAAAACAUUUUGUUUAUAUGUUAAAGUUAAACAAAUAGUGAAGUAGGAAGUUGUAACUAGAUAAUGAAAAAAGAUACUGAAUUGUUCAUAUGAUAUAUAUGCCAUUUAUUACGGUUUAGAAGGAAUAAAAAUAGUCGUUGAAACAAGUUUUAUUUUCUAACAAGUAUUUUGUAAUCAUUUCAGUUUGCGAUAGAGAGGAAAUUAUUUCACAUAUUCGCCAUAUUGUUUAGUCAUUAGCUUAUAAAUUGUAUUAGGUUUACUUAAGUGGAAGUGAAGAAUAGAAGAAAUACUUUUUAACGAGCUUACUAAUGAACUUCAUACGUUCAGAAUGUGAGAUAUCCACUAUUUUGAUAUACACAUAUAGUAAAUGGACUACGUGAAUUUUGUCGUGGAUGUUUUUUCCUAGGUAAUAGGAUGUAGUCAAAUCAGGUUUCAAUACUAGUUUUUCAUGAUUUAACUUUCAGUUGAAAAAUAGUGUGAUCAUGAAAGUCGUUUUAAGUAUUCUGCAGGAUUCAUUUGUAUCAUUAUUUAACAUAUUUAGGUUUUAACCUUUUUGCGAUAAGAUAAUUCCUACUUUCUGUAAUUGGAUGGAAGUUAGAAAAAGCGCAAGUACUUUCGUAUGUCAAGCGAUGACAUGAUGGAAAAAAACCGAUGCCAUGAUAGAGAACGACUUGAUCGGAAAAGAAGACAUGAUCGAAAACGAUGAUAUGAUGGAAAAAAAAUGGCAUGAUGGAAUCAGAAAAUAAAGACAUUUUUAUCGGCUCUCCUAGGUCGCGUGGUCAAUCGACAUUUUUCUCCAGUUCAGAAAAUAUUUACAAACUGAAAGUAGUUCUUAUCGGUGAUAUUAACGUUGGGAAAACGUCUUUAGCAGUACGGUUUUCACAGGAUAAAUUUGACGAGAAAUAUAAGCAAACUAUAGGUGCUAGUUUCAUUUCAAAGAUUGCAAUAGUUAAAAGUGACGUCAUCCAUUUCCAAAUAUGGGACACGGCAGGCCAGGAACGCUACAAAAGUUUGGUUCCGAUGUAUCUUCGUGGGACCCAUAUAGCUUUUGUUGUUUAUGACAUCACAAAUCCUGGCAGUUUUGAACAUACUGGUUUUUGGUUGGAUGCCUUGCGACAUCACUGUGAUAUGGUGACGAUAGUUCUUGUGGCCAACAAGUGUGAUCUACAAUCGGUUGUCGACGAAAGUAUGGCAUUGACAUAUGCAGAAGAACACGGACUUCAGUUUGUGACAGUAUCCGCAAAAACGGGAUACAAUGUAGAAAGGCUGUUUCAUUCCAUUGGUUCUAAAGUGGUUGAUAAACUGAAAAGUCAAACAGUGACAUCUGUACGAGACCGGAGUAGUCGUUUUUGUACCAAUAAUCAGCCAGUACAAGCCGAAAAGAAAGAUAUUGAGACUGGACCUAAAAAGAAAAAGUGCUGUAAAACAUAGUUUUCAUAAACACAUUUAAUGUAAAGGCAUAUAACAUGACAUAACAGGUGUAUAAUUGUUACUAAGGCAUAGAUGAAACAUGAUUGUAAAAAGAAGUAACAUAUGUCAGAAAUUAACGAGCCUUGUGGGACCGUGGCAUACUGUUUAAUUAAGAAAUAAUAUAUCUCAUCGGUGAUUUGUCGCUGAAUAAAUCACUGUUUGGAGUUCAGAUGCGAAGGAAUUAUAUCACGAGGGCGUAGCCCGAGUGAUAUAAUGCUACGCAUCUGAACGACAAACAUUGAUUUAUUCAAGAGCAAAUCACUAAAUGAGAUAUAUUAUUUCGAUUCUAACACGUUAUCAAGGACUUUAAAGUACACCUUGUCGGCAUGUAUUAGAUAUUUGCCCGUUUUCAAUCGGGUUCUUUUCCAGCGCGCCGUUACGCCGCUUGACGCUAUGACGUAAUAGUUGUGACGUCAGAACAGUGAAUUGUUGUUUAAUAAAUCACUGUCUCCAGCCUUCUUUGUUUAAUAGGAAAAUGAAUCGGAUCGUGAUAGAAUUACGAUUUUUACACCGACCGCGCAAUAUUUACGUAAAGGCAAAUGUGUAUCAAGAUUUACCAACAUACAGUUAAGGGUUCUUGGUGCAAAUAAAUUUACUCACAUUGUUUGGCUUACGAUAUUAAUAAGUGAAGGAUCAAUUAAAUGUUUUUCAUUCUUAUAUCAAUCAUGUGAAACUAGACUUCAAAAUUAUAAUAGAUUUUUCAUUAAAGGAAACUAGAACAGUAAUAUGAUACAUUUUUGGUUGUGAAAUUUUUGGUUUUCUUUUUAAUGCUUUGUAAAGUUCUUUUACUAAAUCUAAUGCAUCAAAAUGUUAUGAAAAUGUUAUCAUUUUUUUUUCCAAAGGUGUAUUUUUUAUUGUUUUUUGAAAUGACGAAAGGGUCCAUAGCCAUACAGCUUGUUAUAUUUUGUGAAUUGUUUUAGGUAUCAUUACAUAGUUUUUAUUCGUGGCAAUUGCACAAUGUGCCGUCCACGUAUGACCGGCACUAAAAAUCGGACGGGUUAUACACUGACUCUUUGCCAUGUGUUAUUCAGAUCUCCACAGAAUACCAACAAAAUUAAGUGGCCUCCAAGUUGAAGCAUUUAGUCAAAUAUUCAUUUUAAUAACAGAUAAGCAUUUUUGUUUAUUUAAUCACUGAUUUUAUAACAUGAUUACUGUUUAUGUACCAGUUAAAUUGUCAGUGUGUGUAGGCAGAAACCACAUGGCUAUAUAAAGACCUAGUUUCAUUUCCAUUUCCGACACAUGCAAUUAAAAAAACACUAGUGUAGUAAAUAUAUACAGGUUUGACUGUGUAUAUAUAUAUAUAGUGCGUUCUCUCAGUGUUGUGAUUUGUUUUAACCAAUGACAUUCUCAUCAUUUAUUAUAUUUAAUGUGCAUGCAUAACGAAUGUAACAUGCAACAUGUAGCAUAAACCAUUUUCUGUUUAUAAAAAUAGCUGACGCUAAUAUUGAAAAUACAUAGAGUUUUGCAAGAUAUAUUCGUGAAAUACAGAUGCCUUGCGGUGUAAAAUGGGACAGAUGGCCAAGUUCUUGUCUACGGAGGUUAAGCGUUGUGUACUAAUAAAUUAUCAAUACCUCAA